AUGAGGGAUCGGCCCGUCAUCAGCAUCGAAAAUUACACCAUAUACUGCGGCGAUGCUGAUGAGAACAAAGUAGGUGGCUGCGCGAUAGCUGUGAGGAACGAUUACAAGAACCUGGUGGAGGAAUUUGGCUCAACGUCGUCUAGAUGCGCCUUUCUACGACUGCGGGAUCGCAGAGGACGUAAACUCUGGAUCGUAAAUGCUCACGCACCUACGGAAACCGCUGAGGACAACAGUAAGGACGACUUCUAUGAUGAACUCAAUGCGUUGAUGUCUAAAAUACCAAGCCAGCAGGUGGUCAUUGUCGGGAUCGACGCUAAUGCGAAGAUGGGACUCGAACAGCAAUCCGAUGUGCUAGGAAAUGGUACUAUGCAGCGGAGCGCACGUCGGACAGCGGUGACCGUCUGGUCGACUUGUGCGAACAGACGGGCCUCAUCAUCGCUUCCACGUUUAAGAGGAAUCAUCAACUCCAUCAGCUCACGUGGCAGGGGUUAA